GGCUCGAGGCAGCGCCCGCGCCCGCUCCCCUCGCGGCAGCACGGCCCAGAGCUGCGCCGGCUUCCGCGCCAGCUCCCGAAAAUGCCCAGACCUUAAGGAGAGGGACGACGAAGCAGCCGGUGGGACCUGCCACAGUGGGUUGCACUGCACCAGCGGACCCACUGCACCCAGGGGGACCAGCUGCACCCGGGGGGACCAGCUGCACCCAGGGGGGACCCGCUGCAUCGGGGGACCAGCUGCACCCAGGGGGGAUCUGCUGCACCCAGGUGGACCUGCUGCACCCAGGGGACUCAGUGCACCGGCGGGCCCCUCCAUCCCUGCCGCAGAGGAGCCGGUGCCGCACACCCUGGCCGAUGCCUGCCUGGCUCUGACGACUCCUGCGCGAUGUUAAUCGCACCCAGCGGCACCCCGCGGGGGCGGAGGCCGGAGGCCGGCGGUGCCCGCUGAGCCCCGCCAGCGAUGGGCAGCCUGCCCAGCCGGCAGAAGCAGCUCGGCGUCCCGCAGGCCGCGGCCGGCCCCACGCAGCCCCCUGUGCCCCAGCAGGCAGCUCCGGGCAGCUUCGUGGCACUGGCCGUGUGCGACUUCCCCUCCGGCGGGGAGGCGGCCGCUGUCCUGAGCAUGGGGGAGCAGCUGCGCGUCCUCUCCGAGGAUGGCGAGUGGUGGCUGGUGGCGUCCGUGGCGUCCGGCCGGGAGUGUCACAUCCCCAGCAGCUGCGUGGCCAAGGUCUGGCACAGGUGGCUGUACGAGGGCAUCAGCCGGGAGAAGGCGGAAGAGCUGCUGCUGCGGCCUUGCAACCACAGCGGGUCGUUCCUGAUAAGAGAGAGCCAAACUAGGAAAGGCUGCUACUCGCUGUCGGUCCGGCGCACGGAGCGCUCCUCCUGGGACUCGGUCAAACACUACCGCAUCCACCGCCUGGAGAACGGCUGGCUCUACAUCUCGCCCCGGCUCACCUUCCCCAGCCUGCACGACCUGGUGGACUACUACUCCGAAAUUGGGGACGGACUCUGCUGCCUGCUCAAGGAGCCCUGCUACCUGGAAGGGGCGAGACAAGCCCCAGCCCUGAACCUGCCUCCGCCGGUGGUCGUCAAGAAGUCAGCUCUCAACUGGGACAAGGUCGACAGCUCUGUCUUAUUCUCGGAGGCCGCAGCCCUGCCGGAGGAGGAGGACUUGCCCAUCAGCCUUGGCCUGCGGGAAGCCAUCAGCUCCUACCUCCUCCUGACGGAUGAAGCGCCGCUGGAGAACAGCCCCACAGAGAAGGGGAAGCGGGGGAAGAGCAGCUGAGGGCAGGGCCCGGCUCGGCCGCAGCCCUGGGACAACCAUUCCCGCCUUAUUUAAAAUGUUUGCCCAGUGCUUCAGCCAAGAUAACUUCCUGCAGCUGAUGAAGGUGGGCACCCUGGUCCCUAGAAGGAGGCUGGCCCAUGGGGCUGGGGCCAAGGAUGGGACAGGCAGCAGCACUGAUGCUGGAGGGAAAAGGCCUCUGGUGAAAGUCCAACCUUGCCAGAUCCGAGCGCUUUGACAACCUCCAGCCUGGCUCUAGUUUUCCUAGCAGUGGCCAGCUGAGAUCCCCGAGCAUCGCCCCAGGCCCACGGGAGCUGAAGGCAGAGGCCGUUCGCUGUAACACGGGUGCUGCGCUGAGCCCCGGGCCUGGCUGCAGCUGCUCUCCUGCAGCAGCAGGGAAAUGCAAUGCAAAUCUGAACAAGCUGAAGCAUAACUCGUGCACAGGCAGCUGGGGCGCUCCCUCCGUGCCCCCAGGGCAGAAACCGGCUCCUGGACGGGGCUGCAGAACUGAGCUCAACCAGCCCUAUGCCCUUAGGCCAAGGCGCUCAAUCGGGCGCACUGAUUCGGCUCACGGCACUCGGCCGAAGGUUUGGGGUGCGCGUCUGUGCGGGACGGGGCCUGCGGGCAGUGGGCGUGUGCCCUCUUGUGCCUUUCUAACCCCUCUCUGGCUGCCUGCCCAGCAACAGCCCCUGCCCAGCAGUGAAGCAGGGAGGAAGAGGAAGAGGAGGAGGAAGAGAAGGAAACUCUCCUUCUCUCUCAAGUAGCUCACUUUUAAGCCUUUUAAGACAUGAGGAUGGGAUUGUACUAGGUUUAGGGUUCCUAAAAUGGUUAGGACCCUGUUGGACAUGUGGCAAUAAAGAGUUUAUAGUAUCUUCA